GCGGUCUUUUAUUCCAAUAGUCUCGUCAUUCACCAAUUGGAUAUUGGACAAAAUGUUGUGAGUUCCACGCGGUUAAUUUAUAUUACGCUACAGUAUUUUUUCUUUUUUUUCGCGUUUUCGUUUUCUUUUGUGUAAACAUUACGCGAAACAUUGCUAAUUCUAAUGAAUCAAAAAUCAUUUUCUUCCCAAAAACAUGUAUCGACGCCCGUUACGAUCACAGUAGAACGCUAGUUAUAAUUUUAUCUCAAGGUUAUUAAUCAUUCCAGUCCUGUCAAAAGAGAUAUUUUGGUGCAUAAUUUGAGGUCAGAACACAUAUGGUAUGUUGUGUGGAGAAAUAAUUAGAUCUCCAAAUCGAAGUCCGUACGCUACAUUAUUGUCGUCUCUAUAUCCAAUGAUGACUGCUGCUGUUGUUGAAGACGACAAUUUAUUAGAAAACGGUCGUUUGAGUUACGAAAAUCCUAACUAUCAUCUUGCUGGAACGGGACAUUUGGCUUUGGACGAUGCAUUGAACUCAAACUUAACAUCAACUACUGAUUCUCCAGCUGGUUUCAAUUUAAAUGGUGACUGCAUACUGUAUUCGGAACUUUUGUGUCGGGAAUUUGAUACGGUAUGCAAUAUCAAUACGGAAAAUAUAAACAGAAAACGUUACAAAUCAUUGGAUUUGGGAUCAAUGGGCGUGGAUGUGUUGGGACAAACGGGAAAAACUUGGAAUACAAAUUUAAAUUGUAACGUAACAAGAGAUAUGAAUAUUAAAAAUCAACACGAUUUAACUAAUAUCAACAAUCAAAAUCACCAAAUGCAAGUGUCAUACGUAAAACCGGAUUUAAUUGAAGAAUCGGAACAAACAAAGUGCAAAGUGGGGAAUAUAAACGAAAAACGUACACCACCAAAUACUCUUUCAUUGAUCAAGCAAAAAGAUACAUCCAAUAUCAAUAAGGAAAUACAACAUAUACAAGGUGAUUUAAAUAAUGACUUGUAUGCAGUUCCAAUGAAAAACAAUGCACAUGAAUUCAUGGAUGAAUUGCCAGCUGGGUGGGAAAAGCAUGAAGACAAUGACGGUCCUUAUUAUUGGCAUAUUAAGAGCGGAACAAUUCAAAGAGAACCUCCUGAAUACAGUGGCAAAAAUGAGCCUAAAACACCAUUGGUCAAAGAUGCAGAAUCGGUAUUGAACAGUUUUCAAAAUAACACAGGAAGUUUGGUUAGUUCAGUAACUAGAAGUACGACAAGUUCAGCUCUUGAAAAUUUGUGUUACCAGAAGAGUCGAAAAGAAGAAAUGGCUUACAAACGAAGAAGUUAUCCAGCUCGAAUUGAAAACGAAAACAAAGGUAUACGGUUUGCUGUGCGUUCUUUGGGAUGGGUAGAAAUUUGUGAAGACGAUUUAACUCCAGAAAGAAGUAGCAAAGCUGUCAACAAGUGUAUUGUUGAUCUAUCACUUGGUCGUAACGACUUUAUUGAUAAUGUCGGCCGAUGGGGAGAUGGAAAAGAUCUUUUCAUGGAUUUGGAUGAAGGUGCAUUGAAAUUAAUAGAUCCAGAGAAUCUCACAGUCUUAAACACACAGCCUAUACACACAAUUAGAGUUUGGGGAGUUGGGAGAGACAAUGGCAGAGAGAGGGACUUCGCGUAUGUAGCUCGUGAUAGAAUAACACGCCGACACAUGUGUCACGUCUUCAGAUGUGACAUGCCAGCUCGUACGAUAGCUAACACUCUAAGAGACAUUUGUAAGAAAAUCAUGAUUGAACGCAGCCUUCAGCAGAACAUUUCACGUUCAACUGAUAUAAAUACUGCAACGAAAAUGAACGUACCAGUAAGACCAACAAAUCUUCCAUUGGAGUACCGUAAGCGUAGGAGUUACAGAGGUAGCUACUCUGCAACUACCAAUCUGGUUCAACCAUUUCCUACACCAAUGGAGGAACCACGUAAAGUUAUUCGGGCCACUUAUUUGGGUUCAAUAGAAGUAUCUAAGGCGUCGGGAAUGGAUGUACUUAAUGAUGCGAUUGUAGCUUUGGAAAAUUCACCUACAUCAGUACCCCAAACCGUUACAGUAGCAGUAGCGCCUUCAAUGAUUACCAUUCAACAGGAUACAGAAGAAGGAGAUCAAAUGGUAGAGUGCCGAGUUAGAUAUUUAUCAUUUUUGGGAAUAGGUAAAAAUGUAAAACAAUGUGCUUUUAUUAUGCACACCACCCAAGAUCUUUUCAUUGCACACGUGUUUGAGUGUGAUCCGUCUGCCGGAACACUUUGUAAAACUAUUGAAGCUGCAUGUAAAUUAAGAUACCAAAAAUGUUUAGAUGCACAUCCACAAGGUUUGAAUCCAAAUGUGACUCUAAGUCAUAAUAUUAAUAGUCCGAAUGUAAAUGGAAUAUCAAGGAAAGGUAUUAGUUCUACAUUGAAGUCGUUAGUGGGUACCAUCACAGGACGUAAAAUGAAAUUAACUCAAUCCUGAGAAGAAGUUUUCACGCUACAGGAAGAAUUAACAAAUUCUGAAGUGCGUGAAGUUAUACCACAUCGACAUUUGCAGUCACCUCAUACUAUAAAAUAUUAUGCCCUUUCUACUAGUUUACAGUCAUUGUUAUCACCAACCAUUGAUAACCGGACCAUAAACGACCCUUACUAAUUAUUCAUAAAGACACUAAAUUGUGACUUAUAGUCAUUUAGGGAAGAAAAGCAUAUGAAGUAACUUAGUUUACUAAUUUUAAGAUACCACUUAUUUGAAUAGAUAUAGAAUAUUAUAGAAAAUAAUCCUUAAAUAUAUUUCAAUAAUGGACUGAUCUGCUUGUCCUUGAAAGCUGUAUACUAUUAAAUUAUCAUAAAAAAAUGUAUACUUACAAAUAUUGAAAUUUAUACAUAAACAAAUAUAUAGAAGUUAGGCAUUUAAAUGUUGCUAAAAUUGAUAAUAUAAAAAACUUAUUUAACUCAAACCAAAACUGGUUUACUUUAAUCAUUAGAAAAUAAACAUGACAAUAACCUGAAGUUUUACAAGCAUUUAGACAGAUAUUUUUUAAAAAAAAGCACUUUUUAUUUAUUUUAAAUGCUCUCCACAUAUCAAGCUUAACUUUUUGUAUUUCUUUUGACUGACCAUUAUUUUUUUCUAAUUAUAAAUCAUUAAAUCAUAUUUCUGUAUAAAUAAAAUUCCUAUUAUUGAGUGAUCUCAACAUAUUUGGUAUUUGUAAAUCUACAAAGCUUGUUAAAAACCAAUUAUAAUUUAGGGAAUAUGCACACCUAUUUUGAUGUUGUGAAGUAUAGAGCUAAGCUUAAUAAUUGUUAAAAAAAAUAAAUGAAAAUAUUUAUAAGUUUA